GCGUGAGAGUGCAGACAGAACAGCAGCAGAAAAAGAGGGAAUGCGAAAAGAGAGAGAAGGCGCAUGGAAGGUUAAAGAGGUUAAAAGAAAGGGAACAAAACAAAGGCAAAGAAGACGGGAACAACGAACAAAGGAAACUGUUUCGGAGCAGAGGUCAGAGAGGGCAAAAUUUGCAGCAGAACAGAAAGAGAAGACACCAUGACAUACCGGCUGUUUGAGGGGAAGGAUCAUGCCUCCACCUACCAAAAGUAUCGCUUUACACCUCCAGAUGAGGUCAAGAACAUCAUUCUUCAAUACCUCGAUAAAAAGAAGGGACAGCCUCAUCUGCUGGCAGUGGAUCUAGGAUGCGGGACAGGUCAGAACUCGAGGCUACUGGCACCGCACUUCCAGGAAGUGGUGGGCAUUGACAUCAGUGAGUGUCAACUGGAAGAGGCCAGGGCCGUGCCAGGGUUCUCUAACAUCACAUACAGGAAGGGGACGGCAGAGGAACUUCCUUUUCCAGACUGCUCUGUGGACUUGCUGACAGCAGCGUCUGCAGCUCACUGGUUUGAUCAUUCGAGGUUCCUGGUGGAGGCAGGUCGGGUUUUGAAACCCCGGGGUUGUGUGGCUCUGCUCGGCUUCAGCGACUCUAUCACCAGACUUCACUACCAUGACUGUGGAGGAAAACUCAAUCAGAUGUACGAAGAGGUAAAGCAGGUGCUGUUGCCAUACACUAGCAAUCGUGUAAUUGUAUCUGAGGGUAAGCUGGAAGAGCUCUACUCUGCCAUCCCUUUUCCGGACAAAGAGAGGAUUGAGAGCAUUCAGGUGAAGUCGUCAAUCUCAGUGAGGAACUUGGUUGGUUUUAUUGAGACCUGGUCCAUGUUCCAAGGUUACAAGAAGAAAGAUCCCAAGGCUGCUGACGAACUGCUGCUUAAAACUCAGAAGAGGUUUCUGGAGGAGAUGGGAGUCAUGUCUCCUGACACUGAAAUAGAGCAGGAAAUGGAAUAUUUCUGCGUCCUGGCAUCAAAACCAGGAUAAUCAACAACAUGCCAUUGGGUGUGUGUUUUUAGAGAGUUUUUGGGUCUUAUAUGAACUUGAAAACUGUCCAAUUAUUGAUGCAUGGAGGAGUGUGUUGUGGACAUUUCUAAAUAAACUUUGUUUUCUGAGUAG